GACUGGACUGAAUCAGAUAAUCGUCCCGCUACACCUCUCAGAUUAAGCAACAUGAACGAAAGAUGCCUAUAAACCUCGACAUCCCAGCAUUAACGAAAGAGUACAAACUCUUGCAUCUGAUUGUGCAUCGGAACAAGAACCAGCAUCGGCAGGCGAAAUGGUGGAAAUACGUCGCGAUCGUGCAUCGUAAUGUGCGGAAACUCAUUUCUGUCAAACAAGAUCUGUCGAAGGCUGAGUUUGUGAAAAGGCGACGCAGGAGAAGGAGGGCAAGUAAACAGACGCAGACACAGACAAAGACGAUGGAUGCUGCAGAGAAGCGUGGAUCUGGGAAGAAGAAGAAUGGAUCGAAGACAGCUCCUCAAACCUCAAGUCCUGAAGAAAUCAAUCACUCUCAAGAUUACGAACCGCCAAAAUUCGCCCACCUUCAACUCUCCGAACUCACGCUGGUGAAGGAAGAGUCGGAGAAAGAGACGCGAGCGCAAGAUCGCGAUACUAAGCGUGAGGAAGUGAGGAAGAAAGCCAGAUCAAAGAAACACGAGGGACUCAAAGCCUCUACGACCUCAGGUCUCGAAGAAAUCUACCGCUCUCAAGCAAUACCAGAUUUCGACCACCCAGAAUUCAAUCAUAUUGAAUGUGCCGAAUACCUGGUCUACAAAAUAAUCCCCAAGGCCCGCAACGCGUUGAUGAGACUGAUUGCGCUGAAGCAGUAUAUCCCUCUCGCCAUGACGUUGAUUGCGAUUUUUGCAAAGAUCUGGGUUCUUUUGAGGCAGGAUCAGAAGAUUUUCAGACCGAGGAAGAAGGGUGUGGCGAUGACCGCUAAGAAAGAGAAGUAUGAAGUUGUUGAUUUGGGGAAGGUCAUCAGUCGAAAAGCAGAAAGCGAUAGCGGCAUCGACGAAGACGAUAGUCUUGGUAAGGAAAUCCACAGUGUCCGCUUUUUCGAGGAAUUGAGUGAUAGUGGAGACGACUACGAGUAUGAUGAUGGCCCAAGUCUUCAGAUUUAUGACGAUGAGGAUGAUGUGACGGAACCGCAUGAUCAAGCGACGUCUGACUUUAUGAUGUAUGACGAUGAUCUGGAAUCAGAAGAUGACGGCGGAAGAGCAGCUACUCAAACAAAAAAGUCUACGAGUCGCUCUGAGUAUACAAAGUGCAGUGACGCUGAUGAGUUGAAGUUUUUCUGAGCUGAUGGUUAAAAGUUGAGUUGUAAGACUUAUGGGAUAUAUAAUUCUUUGCUUGGCGUUCGGAUUGUUUUAAUCAAUAAUAGUACAUUUCUUGCUAGCGACU